GCCCAGGCCCAGCUGGGAGCUCUUUGGGGAGCAGAGCACUUGGGGUCCUCUGCACCAUGGCCUGGCCUCUUGUCUGCCUCUUCCUGCUCACUGUCUGCUCAGGUUCCUUCUCCCAGCUUGUGGUGACUCAGCCUCCCUCUGCCUCUGCAUCCCUGGGAGCCACAGCCAAACUCUCCUGCACCCUGAGCGGUGGGGACAGCAGCAGGAGUAUUUAUUGGUACCAGCAGAGACCAGGGAAGGCCCCUCGGUAUAUCAUGUAUGUCGGCAGUGGUGGAAGUGCAGGCAGGGGUGAAGGGAUCCCUGAUCGCUUCUCUGGCUCAGGCUCUGGGGUCACCAGAUACUUGUCCAUCAGCAACAUCCAGCCUGAGGAUGAGGCCGAUUACUACUGUCAGUCCUCUUAUUACGAUGGUAGUGUUUAUUAUUGGGUGUUCGGCGGAGGGACCCAGCUGACCGUCCUCGGUCAGCCCAAGGCAGCCCCCACCGUCAAUAUCUUUGCUCCAUCCCAAGAUGAGCUAGCCACCCCAAAGGCCACCAUCGUGUGUCUCAUCAGUGGCUUCUACCCGGGUGCCGUGGAGGUGGCCUGGACCAAGGAUGGCUCCCCUGUGUCCCAGGGUGUGGAGACCAGCCGGCCCUCCCGCCAGAGUGACAACAAGUACUCAGCUAGCAGUUACCUCUCACUCACAGCUAACCAGUGGCAGGCAGCCAAGACCUUCACCUGCAAGGUCACCCACGAUGGAAAGGUCAUCCAGAAGGAGGUGUCCUCAAGCCAGUGCACCUAGAUGCCACAUCCCUCCUGGACCCCCCCCCUCUAUCCCCACACAUGGGCUUCCCCAGCCCAUCCUCCUCCUCCUCUCUCUCCUGAUUUCAAUAAAGAUCUUUCUUUUCUCA